AUAUGAACAAACUCGCCACUUCCUCUCUUAUACGCUUCCCUUCUAUCCUUCCACCCCCAACUCCAUCCCUCAAAUCUCAUAAGGAAACAAAAACUAAUUAAGCAUGUCCCAAGGGCCAAUCUUCUGCUACCAUGGAAAUCAACCAAGAAAUAAAUAUGGUAGCCAACCAAGAAACAAAUACAUUCUGCAGCGAUUCUCCCUUUCCAUCAUCAUCAUAAUCAUCACGCUUUUAACUCCCACAGCUUCAUGCACCAACACUUCUCAAACAACCCUUUGCUCAAACACCCCUUACCAGCACGCGUGCCAAAUGGCCCUCCUCUCCUCACCCCACCAGGUUAACCCACCGGACCUCUUUCGCCUCUCCGUUCAGUUCAGUCGACAUCAGGUUCUGUCCCUGGCUCGAACCCUCUCCCACAACCUCACCCUUUCACAUCAACCGAAAUCUCGCGCCGGCGCGGUCGGUCACGUCGGCAACUGCGUUGACUUGCUCGACGACAGUCUCGACCAGCUCGAUUCCGUCCUUAAAGCUAAGAACGCCAACGACGACACCCACACCUGGCUUAGCGCCGCCUUAACCAAUCAAGAAACCUGCCUCGAAAUACUUCAUAAUUUUAAUUUUCCCGGUGCAGGACGCCGAGGAGUGUCGGUUAGCGCCGAGGCCCAGAACUUGGUGCACUCCGUGAGAAAUUCCCUAGCGCUUUAUGUGUCUGGGGGAAAAAAGAAAACGGUGAAGGGUGGUUCGGGCGGAGGCGGCGGACGGAGAUUGCUUUACGAUGGCUUCCCGCAGUGGGUGGGGGCUGCAGAGAGGAGGCUGAUGGAAGCUUCUGCGGAAGAGAUUGCACCGGACGCAGUAGUGGCGGCGGACGGGAGUGGAAGUUACCGUAGCCUCGCGGAGGCGCUUGCGGCGGUGGCGGCCGUGGGUGGCGAGCGUAAGAAAAUUUAUAUGAAGGCGGGGACUUAUCGUGAGAACAUAAAAGUAUCGAAGGGUCAGACAAAUGUCCUGCUAUAUGGCGAUGGAAAGGGCAAAACGGUCAUUGUAGGUGAUAAAAGCUCUAGCGGCGGCUCGUCAACCUUCGACUCGGCUACUUUUGCUGUGACGGGCGACGGAUUCAUGGCUCAAGACAUAACGUUCAUGAACAGCGCAGGCCCCGGGAAAGGCCAAGCCGUCGCACUCGUCGUAGCCUCCGACAAGUCGGUAUUCUUCCGAUGCUCCAUCGUCGGCUACCAAGACACCCUUUACACUUACUCUAAGCGUCAGUUCUACCGAGAUUCGGACAUCUACGGCACCGUCGACUUCAUCUGCGGCAACUCCGCCGCCAUCUUCCAGAACUGCAACAUUUAUUCCCGAAAGUCGGGGGGAGAUAACUUCGUCACCGCUCAGUCCCGCACCGACCCCAACCAGAACACCGGCUUCUCCAUUCACAACUGCCGGAUCACGGCGGAGUCAGGGGCGGGUCACGGCAGUGCGAGGACGUAUCUGGGGAGGCCUUGGAUGGAGUAUUCGAGGACGGUGGUGAUGCAGUCGUACCUGGACGACGUCGUACCGGCGGAGGGAUGGGCUCGUUGGAAUGGAAAUUUCGCUCUGGGGACGCUGUAUUACGGGGAGUACAUGAACUCAGGGCCGGGGGCGUCGACUGGUGGCAGGGUGAAGUGGGCCGGCUACCACGCGGCGCUCGCGCCCUCGGAAGCACAAAAAUUCACGGUGGCGAAUUUUAUAUCUGGGAAUCUUUGGUUGCCCUCCACUGGCGUGUCUUUUGAUCCCGGACUGCUUCCUUAGUUAGCCUGGAUGAAAAGACCAAGUGAAAUGAGAGAAAUUAUACAAUUGUGUUGAUGUGAAAUGUGCAAAAUAAGGGAUCCUACAUUUACUAAGUGUGUAUAAUAAAUGAAGAAUGGGACCUAUUUGCUAUAGUUUCUGUGUCAGGAAAAUGACACAGUUUUACAUAAUUAUGUUUAAGUAAGUACCCGUGAUGAAUAGUAUUGCUCUUAUCUUUUAA